AUAUUAUAAAGAAAUAUAAAACAUUGGUUAAUGCUUUACAAGAAUUAGAAAAUUGGAUUCUACUCUAUAUUGAAGUUAUAUUAAUAGAUGAAAUAAUACAUAAAUGUUAUCUUCAUAUACAACCUACAAAAACUUUUGACAAUUUACCUAAUACUAUUAAAAGUAAAGGAUGA